AUGAGUGACCCCCCCCCCCCCCUUCCUCCUCCCUCCCUCCCUCCCUCCCUCCUCCUCGUGGUGCGGGGAGGAGCCUCCCCCGGUGCGGCUCUAGAUCAGACCUAUGGAGAGGACGCGGCUCUAGAGCAAGACGCGUGGCUCCGACAAAGGACCAUGUGUGAACAGCAGCGGAGCGGCCGCAGAGGACUCUCCAGGUUCGAGAAUAUGGAAGUGAAGCUGAAGCUCGCACGGUGCUUGGGGGCUAAUGUGUACCCCGCUGCCCCUGAUGGGGGCUGGGGCUGGAUGGUGGCCCUGGCUUUUUUUGUGGUGGAAGUGUUCACUUAUGGAACCAUCAAAAUCUUUGGAAUCUUCCUCCAGGACCUCAUCGGAGAGUUUGGAGAGAGCAACACCAGAGUGUCCUGGAUCGUUUCCAUCUGUGUUUUUGUCAUGGCCUUUAAUGGUCCUCUCUCGUCUGUGCUGACAACUCGAUUUGGGUUCCAGCCUGUUGUUAUGUUUGGAGGAUUACUAAUAUGCUCUGGAACUAUAGCGACCAGCUUUACUACCUCUGUUAAUCAAAUGUACCUCACAUAUGGAAUAGUUGCAGGCUUUGGUUACUGCCUCACUUUCUUGCCCACUGUGACCAUCUUAGCUCAGUACUUUAAUCAGCGCCGAUCUUUGGUCACUGCUUUGGCCUCCACUGGAGAGUCACUGUCCAUGUUUGCCUUGGCACCAGCCUUCUCUGCUCUGAGGGAUAAGAUUGGCUGGAGGCAGACUAUGGUAGUCAUUGGGGCCUUGCAAAGCACCGUGAUUAUAGCUGGUGCCAUGUUGCGGCCAAUCGUCAUUGAUCCAAGCCUCAAAAAGGAAUCGGAAGACACCAAAUCCUCCUCCAAAGAGACUAACAAAGCAGAUUCUGCAAAAAAUGGAAUCAGCCAGGAGAACGAGCUGACGGGAGACUCCGGAAUCCAAUCCCUGAAGGACACAGACAACCGCAACUCUGAGGAGAAGAUACUGUUAGAGAAAAGCAAUGGAUGUGAACAAAACCUAGAGCAAAUGCAGAGCAAAGAUGUUGAGGAACUGAAGCCACCAAAAGCUGAAAGCCAAAGCAAAAAACCCAAACUUUUAGACUUCUCAAUCCUCAAAGAACUUAGCUUCAUCUUCUACUCUUUAUUUGGGCUCUUUGCAACCCUGGGCUUCUUCGCUCCACCUCUUUACAUAAUAGAGCUGAGUGUGAGUUGGGGCGUGGAGAGGGACCGCGCCACCUACAUGCUCUCCAUCAUGGCCGUGGCGGAGAUUCUGGGCCGCUUUUCCAUUGGCUGGAUCCUGACCAGACCCUGCUUGAUGAAGAGGAAGCUGCUGGUGCUUCUGGCCUGCAUCGUUCUCAUGACCGUAGAUUUAGUGGGCUUCACUCUGGUGAGAGAGUUCUAUGGCCUGGCUGUCUGCUGUGCUCUGUAUGGAUUCUCUAUGGGGACUAUCGCAUGCACCCACAUCCCCUUGUUAGCCGAGGACGAUGUGGUGGGAAUAGAACGCAUUUCUGCCGCUGCUGGAGUGUACGUUUUCAUACAGAGUUUUGCUGGAUUGGCCGGUCCCCCACUUGCAGGCGCACUGGUGGAUGUCACUAAUAACUACGGAUCUGCCUUUUACUCUUGUGCGGCUGGAAUGGCUUUGAGCGCCGUGUUCCUGGCGUUAGUCCGGCCGACAAAAGGAGGCCGUAUUUGCAAAAGUAAUAGUUCAAGAGAGAGCCCAGAUUCCUCUCAGCAAAGAGCCGUGUAUCUGAAAGAGGCCAGUACUGACAAAGUUUCUCUGGAAAACGUCGCUUUGGACCAAGACUGUGAUCAGAAGCCACACACAUGA